AUUCAACACCUUGCUGAGAGAUUUAGACUGGAUUUGGUUACAUUCAGAACAGAGCUGUACUAAGCCUAUUGUGGAUCAGGUUGGAUUAUGGCUCAAAACAUGGAAUCUGUGCUGACUUUUUGCCGAAGUUACGCUUUCACCUUUUUGCUUGUCGGUUAUCUGCUUUACAUGAUCAUUGGUGCAGUUAUUUUCAUGGUGCUGGAGGAACCUGAGCAGAAUUUGCUCGUCGCUGAAGUACAUGAACUUCGGAUGAGGUUCUUAGAGAACAACCAUUGUGUGAAAGAAGGUAGUUUGGAUGGUUUACUGAGGAAGGUGCUCUAUGCCGGAAAACGCGGGGUAACUAUAAAGGCGGACAGUGAGGAGUAUAACUUUGACUUCACUUCAUCGCUGUUUUUCGUCAUAACUUUUCUCACGACUACAGGUUAUGGUACAACGGUUCCACUGUCAGAUGAAGGAAGAGUGUUUUGUAUGCUUUACUGUGUCUUCGGUAUUCCUCUCACCUUCCUCCUGCUCUCCUGCAUCACGAGUGCCCUGGUGCCCAGAGUGAGUCAUGCUCCAAUACGCCACCUUCAUAUCUACUGGGGUCUCUCUCGUAACAAUGCUGCCCUGAUUUACUGUGGAUUAUUAGCAGUGUGCACGGCGACACUAUUCUUCCUGCUGCCUGCUGUCAUCCUCUGUCUGGUGGAGAAAGACUGGAGCUUUUUAGAGUCAUUCUACUUUUGCUUCAUUUCACUCAGCACCAUCGGGUUGGGGGAUUAUCUGCCUGGUCAGACACACAGUCGGGCUGCACGGCAAGCACUGGAAUUCGUCACUUCCUGUUACUUGGUGCUCGGUCUUAUUGUCUUGCUGGUGGUUAUGGAGAGCUUCUGGCACCUACAGCAAGUGCAGGCCUUGGUGCACCUCUUUGCUGGACCUGCAGCAGCAGCACUAAUAGAAGAUGGUCUUGAUGAGCUAGUGCUGAGUGAAUGGACAGACAGCCAUGAUGAUUCAUCAGUGGAUGUCCAGUUCAGGCCCCCUAUCUCCAUCAUCUCACAGAACAUGCCUGACUCACCAACAAACCCUUGUGUUGAGGAUUCAAGUGCACCGUUUACACCGAAAAUGGCAUCAGACAGACACUGAUCCAGAUCAAAACUACUGAUUACCAAAGUCUUUAAAUAUGGUCACAAGUGUUAUUUUAAAGAAAGAGAAAGAAGGGACAGACAGAGAUUAUGUUACUUGUUCCUGGACUUUAAACCAAAUCCUGCCUGAUGUGAUACAGAGACCUUGAUAGCCUCAAGGGUUUGAAUUGAAAAAUCGAACAGGAAUUUACAGAAAUCAAUUUUAUCAGCAACAAAAUCAGUUCUUUAAAUUGUUACUUUAUUUUCAAGUUUUAAUCCCUUUAUGAACAAAACUCAUAAAGACCUUAACAACAUUUUUCAAUAUAUUGUUAAAUUAACUGUAUAAAUACACUGAUCAGCUGUAACAUUAUGAGCACGGAGAGGUGACGUAAAUAACACUGAUUAUCUCCUCAUCAUGGCACCUGUUAGUGGGUGGGAUAUAUUAGACAGUAAGUGAACAUUUUGUCCUCAAAGUUGAAGUGUUAGAAGCAGGAAAAAUGGACAAGUGUAAGGAUUUGAGCGAGUUUGAAAAGGGCCAAAUUGUGAUGGCUAGACGACUGGAUCAGAGCAUCUCCAAAACUGCAGCUCUUGUGGGGUGUUCCCGGUCUGCAGUGGUCAGUAUCUAUCAAAAGUAUCCUUUAAGUCCUACGGGCCCCACCUCACAACUUACAGGACUUAAAGGAUCUGAUGCUAACAUCUUGGUGCCAGAUAUCACAGCACACCUUCAGGGAUCUAGUGGAAUCCCUGGGAUCCCUGCCUCGAUGGCUCUGGGGUGUUUUGGCAGCAAAAAAGGGGACCAACACAAUAUUAGACAUAAUGUUAUGCCUGAUCGGUGUAUAUACAGCUGCUCAAAGUAAACUUGUUUCAAUAUUUUAUUUAAGUGUUUAAAGAAGUUUCGUGGAUAAUCGUUUCAGAACGUUGUUUUUGUUCUUAAGGCUAUAGAGAUGGAAGUGUGACAUUCUGAUUUAUUUUCCAUCCAACAGUCACAAAGAAAUGAAACUAUUCAGUGAGGAAAUGAUGGUACAAAACUGGUGUAAAAAUCAAGGCAUUUAUUAAUCAAGGCCUGAACAAUAAGGGUUGUGAGAUGUCAAAACCACCUUGAGCAAGCUUACAGGAAAUAACAAAAGGCUUAUAACAAGGGUUUAUAAAAGAAACAGAAAAAAAUGUAUCAGUAGUAUAUACUAUUGUUUUACUG